CUUGCCACUAAGUCGUAUAUUUCUCUGACAUUGUUGUGAUUUAUAUAUUUAACAAUGUUUCAUUUCAGAUGGUGCAAUUUUCUCAGUUUCACCAUAAUUCUUGCUCUCUCGUUGAUUUCACCAUCUCGAUUACUGCCUGUCAAACAGAAUGAUAAUAUAUCUCCCAGUCCUGGACUCGGAAAUGACGUGGCACGUUGUCUAGACGAAUCAGUAAAUCCAUGUACUGAUUUCUACGGAUAUUCAUGUGGCCAUUGGACAGACCAUCACAUUCCGGCCCAGGGAUUUCCAAUUUGGUCAAAUUGGUACAUAAUCACGCAUGACAUAAGACCGAAGAUUCAACGUUUGUUGAAUGAAACAGAUUCCGAAACAGACAAUGAGGCAAUUCGCAAAGCGCGGAGGGUCUAUCGAGCGUGCAUGAACAAAGAUAAAAUUGAAGAAAUCGGUGCUGAGCCACUAAAAUCGGUAGUCAAUGAUAACGGAGGAUGGCCGCUGAUAAUGAAACCUCAAGAGUGGAGUUCGAAAAACCUUACUUGGCAACAAGUGCAUGCGAAAUUCAUGAAAACUUUGGGGGCCGAAGCAUUAUUUGCGAUUGAGAUUGUGGCGGAUCCUAGAAAUUCUUCUAUCACCAGGCUUGCUGUUUCAGAACCAGAUCUUAUUCUGAAGAAAAAAGAAUUGGUUGCGCCUGGGAAAUUUGCCCUGUCAAUGGCCUACAACUUAUACAAAGUCAAGAUAGCUAAUGUCCUCCAAAGAUCCACAACAUCAUCGUCUGAAGAGCAAGAUAACGUAUCGCAGUUGAUGGAGUUAAAUAAUUUUGAGAGUGAACUAGCAGAGAUUACACAUGAUGAGCAAGGCAUCAAAGAAAUCGAUAAGUGGUACAGUCUGAUGACAAUCGACGAACUCCAGAGUCUUUAUGACAGUGCAAACAUGACCAGUCCAGUUGCUAAAAUCAAUUGGCUCGACACAAUCAGAGAUGUAUUCACAUUAGCUCCGGAAAUCACUGUGGAUGGAUCAGAACAGGUGAUUGUACCGGGGAAGGAUUAUUUCCCGAAAUUUGCUGCAUUGCUCAAUAGAACUUCACCGGAGACCAUCGUGAAUUACAUCAUGUGGCGAGUAAUUACGGAUAUAUCCCUUUACGCGAAUGACGAACUGAGGGAACUCUUGACAAAUUUCAAUGAGAAACGCGUUGGGGCAGAUCCAAUUGGCACUAGGGAAUACGAUUGUGUGAGUUCCUCGCAAAUGGAACGUGCAGUUUCUUACGCAUUUGUCAAGAAACACUUUUCCCCAGAAUCCAAACAAGCGACGAUGGAGUUGGUGGCGAAUAUUCAACAAGCUAUGAAUCAAUAUAUCCGACAAUCACCUUGGCUGGAUGAUGAGACGAAGAAUCUGGCUACUGAGAAAAUCGAUGCUAUCAUAAAAUUCAUAGGUUAUCCUGAUGAUUACAAUGCUGCUAACAUAGAUGAAUAUUAUUCAGAGUUAGAACCAACAGACAGCUAUUUCGAAAACGAAAUGAGAAGGAGAAUUUUCGCGAUGAAAAAAAUUAUGAGAACGUUACGUAAGCCAACGGAGAAGAACAAGUGGCCAAUCGAACCCAAUGCAGUCAAUGCAUAUUAUAUACCAGUAUUGAACACGAUGAUGGUGCCGGCUGGAAUUCUCCAACCCCCUCUUUUCGACCUAAAUAGACCUAGUGUAAUUAAUUACGGAAUGAUUGGUGCAACGAUUGGCCAUGAAAUCUCGCACGCAUUGGAUAGCAAUGGUCGCCGAUUCGAUAAGAAUGGUAAUGCGGUGACUUGGUGGUCACAGCCAAAUAUUGACAAAUAUGAAGAGCACGCACAGUGUUUUAUUCAUCAGUUCAAUAAUUAUACGAUAUACGAGGAUGGCGCACGGUCGAUUCCUGUGAAUGGAACUUUGACAUUGGAAGAGAAUAUAUCAGACUCUACAGGGCUGCAAGUGACUUGGGAUGCGUACAAGAUAUUCCGUGAAAAGCAUGGGACCAAUGGUGGGAAAAUUCCCGGAUUGGAGCGAUUCACUGAUGAUCAAAUAUUCUUCUUGGCGUUUGGACACCUGUGGUGUGCGUACGAGAGUGACAUGUACCUCCAACAGUACAGUCCUGACGACGUUCACAGUCCGGCCAAAGCUCGAGUCAACGGCGCGGUGUCCAAUAUCAAAGCUUUCGCUGCAGCUUUCAAUUGCCCAGAAAAUUCGACCGUAAAUCCCUCGAAAAAGUGUAAUAUCUGGCUGUGAGAAAUAAAUCUUUGUUGAUUUUAAUAAAUUUUUGGUGAAAAAUCUCA